AUGGUCGACGUCAUGGAUUCCAAGCACAAGUCGUCGCGCAUCAAGGAUCUGGUCCAGUUCCUCGCUUCGACGCAGGGUGACCUCUCCAACAUUACAGCGCCUCCCAUGUUCCUCGCACCGACGUCUGUCGUUGAAGUCGGUCGCUGCUGGGCCGAGCAUCCAGCCAUCUUUGCAGCGCCGGCGCUGGAGCCUGACCCAGCGCGGCGCGCCCUUCUCGUGCUGACGCACAUGCUGUCAUCGCUGCGCUCGCAGCUCUACAUUGACGGAUCGCCGACCGUGUCGAUCAAGAAGCCCCUCAACGCCUUUCUCGGCGAGCUCUUCCUCGCGUCCUUUGUCGACGCGCCGGCCAAGGCGACGACGACGCUCGUCGCGGAGCAGGUCUCGCACCACCCGCCCAUCACAGCCAUGCACGUGUCGGACACGGCCAACGGCAUCCGCGCCGACGGCUACGCGCGCGUCGAAAUGUCCUUCUCCGGCACCGUCGACAUCCGCCAGGUCGGCCACGCCGUGCUGCACAUUGACCGCUACGCCGAGGACUACCUCAUCCCGCUGCCGGCCGUCCAGGUGCGCGGCUUCCUCGGCGGCCGCCUCUACCCGGAGAUGACGGGCGUCUACACCAUCCCGUCGUCGGGCGCCUACGUGUCGCAGAUGCGCUUCUCGGGCGCCGGCCUCUGCUGGGGCGGGCGCAAAAACGGCUUCACGGCCGUCGUCUUCCGCCGCGACGACCCGCGCCGCGCACCCGUCUACAGCCUCGAGGGCGUGUGGUCCGACGCGUGGACGGUGCGCGACGCCCGCGGCGACGUCGUCGACACGUUCCGCCUCGACGAGGCGACCGUCGCGCCGCUCGACAUGGCGCCGCUCGACGCGCAGGAUCCGUGGGAGUCGAAGCGCGCGUGGCGGGACGUGGCGGCGGGGCUGCGCGCGGGCGACGUGCGCGCGGCCGUCGCCGCCAAGACGGAGCUCGAGAGGGCGCAGCGCGAGAUGCGGGCUGCCGAGGCCGACGAGGGCCGCACGUGGACGCCGCUGCUGUUCCGGAGCGCGCCCGGCGCCAAGCACGACGUCUUCCACCGGCUUGCGGAGGGCAUGGAGGGGUGGGAGCACCUGUAUGACGACAGGACCAAGGGCGUCUGGAGGGUGGACGAGGCUGCGCUCGCGACGCAGAGGCCGUUCAGGGGCGAGCUGACGCCGCUGGGGUAG